AUGACAGAAGGACUCCGCCAUCUAACCUUCGUCGUGGCGCUUCUGAUCCUCGUCGGAGGUCCUCGUAGAAGCUCCGGAGAUGGAGGAGAGUUCAGCGGAGACUACUCGAAGCUAUCGGGGAUAAUAAUUCCUGGUUUCGCGUCAACUCAGCUUAGAGCUUGGUCUUUCCUCGACUGCCCUUAUUCUCCUCUGGAUUUUAACCCUCUUGACCUCGUCUGGCUCGACAGCACGAAACUUCUUUCUGCUGUAAAUUGUUGGCUCAAGUGUAUGCUACUUGAUCCUUACAAUCAAACAGACCAUCCUGAAUGCAAGUCGCGGCCUGAUAGCGGUCUUUCUGCGAUUACAGAACUUGACCCUGGUUGUAUAACAGGUCCUCUUUCUUCAGUAUGGAAAGAAUGGAUUAAGUGGUGCAUUGAAUUUGGUAUUGAGGCCAAUGCAAUUAUUGCCGUUCCAUAUGAUUGGAGAUUGGCGCCAUCAAUGCUGGAGGAGCGAGACCUUUAUUUUCACAGGCUCAAAUUGACAUUUGAAACUGCACAUAAACUUCGUGGAGGACCCUCAAUUGUAUUUGCCCAUUCUUUGGGUAACUAUGUCUUCCGCUACUUUCUGGAAUGGUUAAAGCUAGAAAUUGCUCCAAAGCAUUACAGCCAAUGGCUGGACGAUCACAUUCAUGCCUAUUUUGCAGUUGGAGCUCCUCUUCUUGGUGCAACUGAGACGGUCAAAGCAACACUUUUUGGAAACACAUUUGGUCUUCCUGUUUCUGAGGGUACAGCUCGAUUGAUGUUCAAUUCUUUUGCCUCCUCAUUAUGGAUGCUGCCAUUUUCAAAGUAUUGUACAGCUGAUAAUCCAUACUGGAAGCAUUUCUCUAGGGCAUCCAGGAAAAGCCAUCAGACUUAUCAAUGUGAAGACCAUGAAUUUCUCUUAAAUUACUCUGGAUGGCCAACAAAUAUUGUCAAUAUUGAAAUCCCUUCUAUACGUGCAUUUGAUGCCUAUCCACCAGUUACAGAAGUAGCCCAGGCCAACUUUUCUAGCAUGGAAUGUGGACUCCCUACUCAGUUAUCAUUCUCAGCUCGUGAAGUAUCAGAUGGGACAUUUUUCAAAGCAAUAGAGGACUAUGAUUCUGAUAACAAGAGACUCUUAUACCAACUACAGAAGUCAUAUCAUGGUGAUCCUAUUCUGAAUCCACUUACACCUUGGGAGAGACCACCUAUUAAAAAUGUUUUUUGCAUCUAUGGAGUUGAUUUGAAGACUGAGGUUGGUUACUAUUUUGCGCCAAGUGGCAAGCCUUACCCUGAUAAUUGGAUCAUAACAGAUAUCAUUUACGAGCUUGAAGGAUCUUUGGUCUCAAGGUCAGGGAAUCUGGUUGAGGGGAAUCCUGGAGCCGCAAGUGGGGAUGAAACAGUACCUUAUAAUUCUCUCUCUUUGUGCAAGAACUGGCUUGGACCAAAAGUUAACAUAACAAGAGCUCCUCAGUCAGAGCAUGACGGGUCUGACGUACAGGUGGAACUGAAUGUUGAACAUCAGCAUGAAGCAGAUGUAGUUCCCAACAUGACAAGGUCUCCAAGGGUAAAAUACAUUACAUAUUAUGAAGAUUCUGAAAGCAUUCCAGGAAAGAGGACAGCAGUUUGGGAGCUUGAUAAAGCAAAUCACAGGAACAUUGUUAGAUCCCCUGUUCUAAUGCGAGAGUUGUGGCUUCAGAUGUGGCAUGAUAUCCAUCCUGACAAAAAAUCAGAAUUUGUUACAAAAGCUAAGCGUGGACCUUUGAGGGAUGAUGACUGUUAUUGGGACUAUGGGAAGGCUCGGUGUGCAUGGCCUGAAUACUGUGAAUAUAGGUAUCUUUUUGGAGAUGUUCAUCUAGGACAGAGUUGUAGGUUGAAGAAUUCUUCAGCUGACACGCUGUUGCAUUACGUUUAGAUUAGAAGUUGCUGGCAUUGGGCAUUAUUCCAUUCAUUACAAGUUCUAGCCCUGCAAUUGCUCUCUCUUGGAAGCUGGAAUCAAGCUGUUUGAUCAUUUCUUAAUGCAUCACGCAUAAUGAGACACAGAAUGGCUGGUGGUCUUUGUCCCUGUUGAAAUUCUAACUUGGCAUCUCGGCUUCCUCCUUUUUGCUACUUGCAACACAUCUGCUUUCAUCAGCCAAAUGCUUGCCUUCUGCACUAACUUCUGAAACUCUGGCAUAGCUUAUCUUUUCUGGUAGCUACUUUUGAGCUUGAACCAUUACAGCACCAAAAGUAGAUUCUUGACUUCAUGUAUUUGCACUGACAUGGCUCAGUUGAGCAGAUGCAACUAAGGAGCGUAUUUUCAAGUAGAAUACGAGCGUUCCUGGCCAGAGAGUCUUAACAUCGAGCAAGGUACUGUUGGUGCAGCAUACAGUUGAUGAAGUGGUAAAUCGAAGAAUAUACAGAUGAAUAGCAUGGCCUUUAUUAUAAUUUGAAGUUUAUUUACUGAAUAGUUAAAUACAUUUUUUGUCCAAUUGCCCUCAAAAUGCCUAGCAAAAAGGAUAAUAAACAUACAACAAGAUUUGUUCUGUAACAAUUCAAAUGUUACGCGCCUAUUUUUGAAUUGAAACCUUGUAUUGAAAGUUUUCAUCUCUUGUAUUUUUUCUAUACAGUAAUCAUUCUUUUCAAUUA